AUGGAUGAGACCUCGUUUCUCAGAGAAAAGAAACUCCUUGCCGAUCAUGAAUCAAUUCUUGCCAAAGAAGAAGUCUUGAAACAAAAAUCUAGAGAGACGUGGCUGGAAGAGGGUGAUAAGAACACAAAAUUCUUCCAUAAUAGUGUGAGGAUGAGAAGAGUUAUAAAUCAUAUCUCCAAGAUAAAGUUAAGUGACAGCUUUGAGGUGGCUAAUCCUAAAUCCAUUGCGACAGAGGUUGUAGACUUCUUUUCUCUUAUCCUCAAUUUUGAUUGGAGCCAUCGUGGCUCUAUCCAGGACAAGUUUAUCAAGUGUAUCCCAAAGCUUCUAAGUAAAGAUCAAACUGAUUCUCUUACUGCUAAAUUUUCUUUAGCAGAAGUAGAAGCAACUCUUAUGCAGAUGAGCCCAGAUAAAUCCCCUGUGUCGGAUGACUUUCCGACUAGUUUCUUUCGUAAAUGUUGGCCCUUCUUAGGCGAGGAAGUAACGACAGCUUUGGAAGGAAUGAGGAACUCAGGAAAUAUCCUCAAAGAAAUUAACAAUACUUUUUUGGCCCUUAUCCCUAAAAAGGAUAAACCUGAGCGUUUUGAUGAGUUUUGA